GUGAGUGCGUGUCUGUGAACGUCCAACUCUACAUCAUGCGAGUGUUACUGUUAUUGGGAAUGGUAGGAGUGGCGGUAUGCAGGCCCGAACCUCCUCUAUCAUUCGGUGGAGGUCUACCCCUAGACAGCUAUGCCGCCCCCAUCAGUGGAGGCGGUGGCGGCGGCGGCAGCUACGGGCCGCCCCCAGUAUACGGCCCUCCGCAGCAAGCUCCGGUCAUUCACAAACACGUCUACGUGCACGUGCCACCCCCAGAGCCUACGUACUACGCACCGCGCCGCCCCACGCCGCCUCCACCUCCACAGAAGCACUACAAGAUUGUGUUCAUCAAGGCUCCUACUCCACCGCCCCCAACUGUCCCUGAUAUCCCUGUGAUCCCUCAGAACGAGCAGAAGACGCUGAUCUACGUGCUGGUGAAGAAGCCUGACGAACAGCCUGAGAUCACCAUCCCUACCCCGGCGCCUACGCAGCCAAGCAAGCCGGAGGUGUACUUCAUCCGGUACAAGACCCAGAAACAAGAAGGGUACGCGCCCUCUGGAGUGCCCCAGUCUGAUUACGGCGCCCCCAGCGCCCCCGCGGCCCCCCAGGAUAACUACGGAGCCCCCCCGCCCCCCUCGCCUUCAUCCAGCUACGGAGUCCCCAGUGGGUCCGGAUCUUACUGAGCCUCUGACCGCCAAUUGUAAAUAUUGUUGUGAAUAGUCGUGAGUUCCGCGCCCCGAUCUCACGGAAGACCUCUCUUCGGAAACUCCAAAAACCAAAGAAUCUUAGAAAAUUUCCCCCUAAAAUUAUUGCUAAAUUGCUUUCUUGGAAUUGUUUCUAUGGUGUACAACCGGUUAUAUACAUUCAGCUUUUCUAUUGGAUAAAUGCGGUACUCCCACUUAACGUAAGUGAUUACUUACCUUAAGUGAUUACCUCUUCUUGAAGAAGUAAGAUAAUUGUUAUCAAGUAACAAUUAUUCGUUACAAGAUUUCCCAGAGGUCCAGGACUUAUCUGAUCUCCCAGUGGCUACAAUGAGAAGAAAGCGACUGGGAAAAGUCUAAGGGAAAGUCCUCAACUCCUGUUCCUUCUGCACCCUUUUGACGUUGUUAUUUUUAUAGUUGUACAGAAAUGUUAUUUUUAUUGUGCAUUUUAUAAUAAAAUGUA